AUGCAGCAGCAGAUGUGGAACAGGGAGGAGGAGGUGACUUGGACCAGCUUCAGGACGAGAUUCCUAGAGAAAUACUUCCCAGAUAACACUAAACAUGAUCGCGAGGCCGAGUUCCUCACCUUACAACAUGGGGACUUAUCAGUGCAGGCCUAUGUAGAGAGGAAGUUUGAAGGCGGCCUCCAACAUGAACUGAGGUGCUUUAUUGUACCACUGAGGCCAAGACAUUUUGCCAACAAGUGUCCUAACAAGAAGACUACUCCAGGAUCACGAUCUCAACCACCUUCAUCUGAUAGGCUGAGAGCAGUAGGUCGGGUCUUCGCCAUGACUAGUACUGAGGCCACCCUGUCAGGUAACCUGAUUCUGGACUAUUGCUUACUUUUUGGUAACACUGUGCUAGUGCUAUUUGAUUUAGGAGCUUCACACUCCUUCAUAUCCCAUGAGUGUGUAGAGAAAUUGGUAUUGUCUACUCGUGACCUGGGAUGCAAGUUGAUAGUCUCGACCCCAGCAUCUGGACAGGUUUCAACAAAUUUGGCCUGUGUUGGAUGCUUGAUGGAGGUAGAGGGCAGACACUUCAAGGUGAACCUCAUUUGCUUGCCCUUGGAGGGAUUGGAGGUUAUAUUGGGAAUUGACUGGUUGUCUAUCAACCAUGUGGUGAUUGAUUGUGGACGGCGCAAAAUUAUAUUUCCAGAAACUGAGGGGUUAGAGUUGGUGACAUCGCAAGAGGCCGUAAAAGAGAUGAAACAAGGAUCUACUUGCUUUGUGAUAGUGGCCCAAGAGAAGAAAAUAAGCACUGAAGAGCAGAUUAAUCGAAUACCAGUGGUAGAUGAAUAUGCCGACGUAUUUCUAGAUGAGAUACCCGAGUUGCCACCUAGCAGGGACAUAUAUUUCUCAAUUGAUGUAAUCCCUGGAGCGGGUCUAGUGUCGGCAGCACCGUACAGAAUAGCACGGGCAGAACUAGCAGAGUUGAAAAAGCAGAUCGAGGAUUUGCUAGAGAAGAAAUUCAUUUGA